GAAAGAAGGAAAAAGUCUAAAAGGUCUUUUCAAUUUUAUUUGGUAUGGCAUGAAGUGAAUAUUAUUGUGUGCUUAAAUUUUGGCCCAUCUUCGAUUCUCAUUCAAUAGGAGUAGACAGGAACAAGCAACGCAACCCCUUUGAUUUCUGCCGAAUCAUCUCUCUAUCUCACUCUCUCGAAUCCCGUUCCUGACAACGACUACUUCCUUGACAGAACCUCAUUCUCGUCCUGUCUUUGCCUGCCAGGCUCCAGACCACACAGAUGCCAUGCCACUCAAAUGGGUAUUGCAUUGGCAGCCAAAUGCGGGAAGCACGGUGAAUAGCCAAAUACUGAGCGAAGUGUCGCAGUGUGUGGAGAGCAUCAAUGGCCUCAAACAAGGCAGGUGGAAAGCCACUCUCACCUUGUACAAACCCCAUACCCGAGAGCCAUCACUGGCGGCCGAGUUCCCACGAGAUUUUCUAGGGGUAUCAGUGCCAGAGCAGCCAAACAAGUACUACUUCAUAAUCCGUGGCCAACGAAUUGUUCUUGAAGCUGAUUCCUCUAUUCAGACUAUUAUGGAGAAGCUUCAGUCAUACAAAACUCGCAUUGCCCUUAAUUUUGAUGGCUUUCAGUAUCAACUUGGUGACUUUCAAUUGCGAGUGGGAAAAGUAUCUCCUACUCAUUCUGAAAAUUUGAGAGGGAUAGUUAUGGAGGUUGAGUAUCUUCCCAUUUCUUCUAUGGAGAAAGCCAGGCAAAUCAUGGGAGAGUUUCUUGAGAUAUGGCAAGAAGCUGUAUCAAAGAGAUCAUUACCAGGACAAUUUAUGCAUAUAGAACCAAAUUUUGCAGAAUAUGGCCUCGCAGACCACUAUACUUCCCAACACACAGCUGUUCAGUAUGCUAUUGUCAUGGCACAACUAAUUGCAACAGUGCAAGCAGUACAGUCAGUGAGAAAUUAGGAAAUGAUAAAAGAUUUGUUCAUGUAUGCUACAUGUAUGACUGCUUCCUUUUUGCUGUUUAAGUGAAAGAAAAUCAAAGAUUAAGGCUUUAAUUGA